AUGGGCAACAUGCAGGGGGCUGGCGCAGAUGCUGCCAAUUUUCAUGAACCCUUACAGGCAUUACUCCAUCAACGCGACUUAAAGAUCUCCGCAGGUACUAUAAAAAAGAUCAUUAAAGACAUCGAUAAGAUUGCACCAUGGUUCGUGGUGUCAGGAGACCUUAAUUUGGCUUCCUGGAAUAAGCUUGGAAAGGAUCUAGAGAGAGCGAAACAGGAAGACAGGAUAGGGAAGGGCACCCUGCCUCCCUGGCGGCUUGUGCGCUCCUGUCUCAGGGACGAUCGUCAUCAUGACAUCAUUAGGGCAGGAAGACGAGUACUGAUGCAACACCAAGAUAGCCUUUCAGAGUCAGAAACAAGAAAGGAGGAUAUAGUUAGGCCUAAAAAGAAAAAAGAUAAAAUUAAAGAAAAACCUCAGAGCUCUAAAAAAGAUGAGGAGUCCAGUGAUAGGGAACCUCACAGAGAGUCAGAGGGGGAAUCAGACUCGGAAUCAGACUUGGAGUUAGAAGAAGAAUUAGAUCCUAAAGACAAAGUUUUGGAGGAAACGACCGCGAGGUAUGAGGAAAAAAAAUAUGGGCGGCAGAGACCUCUUGUGGCUGAAGGUAGAAAGGAGACUACACCUUUGGCACCCCCGCCAUAUUCUCCGGCGGCUGGGAAAUGUCACUUUAUAAAAAGAAAAACCUGGUCCCGCUUGGCGGCUGCGUUCCCAGUUUUUGAAAACGCUGUUACAUUUGAGAGAUAUUUCAAGCCCAUCUCCUACAAACAGAUAAAGGACUUGGCAGAGGCAGUACGCACUUAUGGAGUAGCCGCCCGCUUUACAACAGCUUUGCUACGCAGGCUCACAGUUAAUGCGAUGACGCCUAACGAUUGGCUGGAACUCGCCCGCAUGUGUCUCAACCAUGGGCAGUUUCUUGAUUUUAGAUCCAUAAUUAUGGACAAAGCUCAGGCCCAAUACAAGAGAAACGUGCAGGAGGGACAGCCUGAUUGGACCGUGGAUAUGCUUCUUGGCCAAGGGCAAUGGGCCAUUGAUCAAACAAAUUAUCCCUGGGAAGUAUACAGGCAAAUAAAUGAAAUUUAUUAUAAAGCCUGGCGGGCAAUUCCCAAUAAGGGCGAGAUGGCCGGUAGCCUCACUAAGAUUAUCCAAGCCACGGCCGAGUCAUUCUCUGAUUUUGUCACUCGCAUGAUCAAGAUGGCAGAGCGUGUUUUUGGGGAUCUUGAUGCCUCCAUGCCGUUAGUGCAACAGCUUAUCUUUGAACAAAGCACAAACGAAUGUCAGAGAACAAUAACACCGGUCAAGGACAAAGACUUGGAAGUCUGGGUAAAAGCUUGCAGAGAGGUGGGCGGUCCCUUGACCAAUGCAGGCCUGGCUGCAGCUGUCCUGUCGGCCACUGGGGCAGCUAAGGACGGAAACGGAAAGGGCUGCUUCAGAUGCGGUCAGCAAGGACACUUCAAGCGAUAG